GGAACUAUUCUUCGUUGGUGUUGGGAGGACCCGUGAUCAUUUACUGAACGGACACUUCCAUCCUUCGUUGCGUAGGUGAAAAACAACGGUAGAACACAAACCUUUUUGUUUGAAUUUUUGUCUUUGGGCGUUUAUUUUGUUCAAAACUAAAUAGUAGGCCGCCAGAGGCCAUGCCUCUUUCGGAUCGCUCAAGCUCAGACGGUGGCGGGGAGCCUCGUCGUAGUCCUCGGGCUCGCAGACCCCGGACUCGCUCCCGCAGCCGAAACCGUGGCGACAGCCGCGACAGGAGUCUGUCGCCGUACAGCUUCGGGCCCAAACUCCCCAAACCACGUAACAGAGAGCGUGAACGCGAGGAACGAGAGCAUCGAUUAAGGGAGGCGAGAAACAUCAGAAGGAUUCGGAUCGGAAGCCCCGGUCGUAGCCGCUCCAGAUCCCGGUCCAGGGAGCGUCACACCAACAACCACCACAGCCAUGGGUUCGAGCAGCGGGAGCCUCCAGGAAAACACGGCAGCUUCAGAGACGAUUACUAUUACGAGCAGCAGAGGGAUGACAUCCAGAGACAAAGACAAGAAGCUUUCAUUGCCAGGCGUCUGCAGGAGAGGGAGCGGAUCGGUGAGAUGGGCUGUCCUGAAGUUUGGGGUUAUUCUCCACGAGUGAAAGAACCAGACUCUGAUGAAUUCACCCCAGUUGAGGAUGAGAAAAACAGCAGUUCAGAAUCGAGCUCAGAGGCAGAGGAGAGGAAGAAGAAGAAGAAAAAGAAAAAGAAGUCCAAGAAAAGGAAGAGCAAGAAACAUUCAGAUGACAGUGAACUGGAAUCAGAGUCAGAUGAAGAAGAAGAAAUAAAGAAAAAGAAAAAGAGGAAGAAGAGCAAAAAGUCAAAGAAAUCCAAAAAGAAAAAGGCAAAGAAGAACCGUAAAGAGUCCAGCGACUCGAGUAGCGAGGAGUCCGAGGAGGAAGAGGAGGAUGCCAACGGGCUGAUGUGGGUGGAGAAAACCUCCAUGGAGGAACACAUUGUUGGACCUGAAGCUCCGCUCACCCACAUGUCUCAGGACGAGCGGCCGCUGGAUUUUGGUCACGCGCUGUUGCCAGGUGAAGGUGCUGCCAUGGCAGAGUAUGUGAAAGCCGGCAAACGGAUCCCCCGAAGAGGAGAAAUCGGUCUCACCAGUAAUGAGAUAGCAGACUUUGAGAAGUCUGGAUAUGUUAUGAGCGGCAGCAGACAUCGUCGUAUGGAGGCUGUGCGUCUAAGGAAGGAAAACCAGAUCUACAGCGCGGAUGAAAAGAGAGCUCUGGCCUCCUUCAACCAAGAGGAGAGGAGGAAGAGGGAGAGCAAGAUCCUGUCAAGCUUCAGGGAGAUGGUCUACAGGAAAACCAAAGGCAAAGAUGAGAAGUGACGCCCUCAACAUUUUUUUAGUGUUCUGGACUCUAUCAGUGUUUGUCUGAUGAUUAUAGAUAUGACCUUUAAUUUCUACAAAACGUUUUACUCUUUAAGGCUCACAAAUGUUCAGCUUCAGUGAACAGAGAAUAAAUGUACGGCAAGACAAGUGUGCUGAAAAUGUGAAGCGUUUUUUCUUUUACCAUCACUUACAGUUGGUCUGAGGGUUUCUUCAUGCAACAAAUUUUAAAUAAAUGUGUGUUUUUGCCCGUCA